CAGUGGAGGCAUUACAUAUUGCUGGUGCUCUUAGCAACGGUGCCUCAGCAACAGAGCCACGGCAACACAGCUCCACGGCAACAGCGUGCCGUGUCUCCCCAAUGGAGCUGCCAUUGGGCGGACCAGCUCUCAGGCACUACACCCAGAGCAGACCGAGACCUCACCGACAAAAACUGAACUAUCGCCCAAGCAGACCACAGGAAACGAUAAUUGAGAGUGAAAAUGAAGUCCUGGAGCACAUGGGGCGAGUGGAUGAAGGAGUUGAGGAGUUUUUUACAAAGCGAGUCCUCCCCACUGAUAUUCUGGACAAACCAGAUGAAGACCUGACUGUAGUACAAGAAGAAGUGGCUCCUGACAGCUCCAUCCCUUGUCCAGCACCAACGAAAACACUCAAGAGGAAGCUUGGUGAUUUUUUUACCCUCAAGAAGAGGCGAGGUUUGAAAUCAGAGCCGAGCCAGGAGGGACGUGCUAAAAAGACCUCCAUCGCUGAUCUAAUUCGUCCACUCAGGGAGGCUACCAGGUCCGAUAAAGACAAAGAUAAGGAUCGCGUGAAAGAGCAAGCAAAAGAAAAUGAAAAGGAUAAAGGAAAGGAACAUCCCAGUGUUAUUACUGGAGAGUCAGUUGUUCAGGAGACACCUGUUACUGAUGACGCAUCUCUGAGGAGCGAGGUGGUGCCUCCUCGCCGAGCUCUCAGAGAGGGGAAAUCCCAGUCUCUUAUUUUACUCUCUGGAUCAGCAGCGACAGGGACUGCCAAUGCCAAAAACACAGCAAAGAAACAGUUUGAAGGCCAACAUAGUUUUGAGCAGAAACUGCAUCUCAUGCUUCAGCGUAUUGGGGUUUCCAAACCUCAGCCAGCAGAGACACAGAAUCAAGACGGAGAAAUGAAAAAGGCAGAGUCUGAAGGUACCAUCAUUGAUAGUAAAUCUGAGCCGCCUCCCACUUUGUCAAAACCGCGAACAAUGUCUGCCUCUUCAGACACAAGGCAUCAAAUUCGGACGAGUGUGUCUGCACACGAGGCAGCUGGGAAACCUGCUCUUCUCCCAAAGCCAGUUGUCAAACCAGGUCCACCCCCUGCAGCAUCCGGCCGUAACACACCUGAGAAUGAGCUAACCCAGAUACAGGAAGCAGAGUCCAACACUCCGGCUAAACUCAGUCCAGCUUCAGCUACCCCUGCUCUCACCGACGCCACUGCUCCUUUUCUACCGACAAUCUCAAACUCUGUCUCUGACUCAGCCUGUGUUACAGUUUCUCCUUCAAGUACUGUAACUCCUGCUGAUACAGAUGUAUGUGUUUGCUCAGAUGAACAGACCGCAGAAACACCCACAAGUAGUACAGCACUUAAAAUAUCUACCCACAAAACUGGCGAUUCUUCCACUGAGCUGCCCACAUCACCUAAAAGCAUCACUGAGCCUCCAAGCACUAUCUCUGUUCCUUCCACUUCUUCAGAGUCCACCACCCCAUGCCUCCCAGUUACUUCCAUUUCAACAGUAACUAGCCUUCCUUCUACCACCCCAGAAACAGUUUCUGCUCUCAUUGAUCAAAGCUCAGUUUCCACAACAUCCACAAACCGGUUGACUGAGUCCACUUUGCUGAAGUCAAAUGGUGUUCUCUCAGUUGACUCCACCCUAGCUGCUGAAGGUGACACAAGUGUCCUCAUCACAGCCUCCUCUCCAUGCACAACCAUAUCAGAUGUGCCAUCAAGCUUAUCAGCCAUCCCCAGCUCAGACACAGCAGUUGGUGAUGAUACAUCUUUAUUUGCCUCUUGUAGCCAUGCAAGCUUACUUUCCUCAGUCCCUGAAGUGACCCAAUCUCUUCCAAACUCAAGUGAAUCUAUUACAGUAGCAGUUUCAGGUGAAAUCCCUGAUACCAAAUCUUCCACAGUUGUUUCCCCUUUCCCUCCAUCAACCUCCUUUUCCCAUUCAGCCCCUCAUGAAGCCAUCAGCUCAACAUCCAGCAUUGAAGUGAACUUUUCCUCCACAACAGAAACAGUUAUUUCCACCAUCAUCUCCCCUCCCUCGACUUCUACUGAUGAAACCAAGCCAAAAGACACCACAUCCACCACCACCUCCUGUUCAAAUGAGACAGAAAACACCUUCACUUGUAGUUCGGUGACUGCUGCUGUUAGUUUUUCCUGCACAAAUGGCUCAGACAUCUCCAACAAUGUUAGCACUACCCUCUCACCACCUGCGUCUGGCCUGCUCCCUGCUGAUAACUCAAGUGCCACGUCUCAUGAUGUGAUCGGCUCUACCGAUGAUAGUCCAGGCCAAGAUAAGAAUGUGAAAAUGUCAGAAGAAGAUGGAACUAAAGUAGAAGAAACAGAAACGAUGACAGAAAAAGGACAUAUGGAUGAGAAAGUGGUCCAAAUGCAGAAGUUAGGGGAAGUUUAUGGGAGUGAAGAAACCACUGAUACUGAAAAAAAAGAUGAAAGUGGGAAGGAGAAAGCUAUGCUUGAUAAUGGUGACAUGACAGAAACGCAAGAGCAGGGAGAAAGUGUGAAAGCUGAAGAUGACACCCUGAAUAAAGCAGGUAAAGAAAGUGAACAGAGCAGGGAUGAAGCUGUUGUAGAGGCUCAGAUAAAAGAGGAAAAUACAUCAGAAAGUAGUAAGUGAUACUGAAUGAAAAACCGUCAGUACAAAGAUCCAGCUACUGUGACGGGCAAAAGAGCCCAGAUUGACAGGCUUUGGGGAGUGGGAACGAUCCAUGGCACUACAGGGACCACAACAUCACAGCACACCACUAAGGGUGAGCCAUUGGACCAAAGAUAUGAGAUCCCCAGGGUGUGGUGUAAUCAACAAAUCCAGCAGUGUCUUUGUCCUUUUUAUGUAAACUAUGUUGAAGACUUUAUGUUGGAAAUUUUGGAAUGCACGUAUGUUUAUGUACCAUAAGAAAAAUACUGUGUUAAAAUAUGCCAUGUUUACUAUACAUGAAAAAGAGACAUAAUUAUAACUAUUAAAUGGAAUAUUGAGUUCAAGGA